AUGAUUAUCACCGGUGAUGAUGCGAAUGGGAUAACGGAAUUGAAAACGCACUUGACUCGUGAAUUUCUGAUGAAAGAUUUGGGUUCCCUACGGUACUUUUUAGGGAUAGAAGUAGCUUACUCUCCUCAUGGCUAUCUUCUUUCUCAAUCUAAGUGCAUUGCUGAUAUUCUCGAUCAGGCUCGUCUCUCUGAUGCUCGCACUGUUGAUACCCCUCUUGAGCUUAAUGCCAGGUAUUCUUCAUCUGAUGGUGUUGCCUUGUCAGAUCCCUCUCUAUAUCGCACUCUGGUUGGUAGCUUAGUGUACCUUACUAUCACCGGGCCAGACAUCGCUUAUGCAUUUCACAUUGUCAGUCAGUUUGUUGCAUCUCCCACUACCGUUCUUUGGGCAGCUAUGCUUCGUAUUCUUCGAUAUCUUCGGGGAACUCAAUUUCAGAGUCUGUUUUUUCCAUCUACGUCUACUUUAGAGUUACGUGCCUACUCAGAUGUAGAUUGGGGUGGUGAUUGUACUGAUCGCAAAUCUACCACUGGUUUUUGUAUAUUUUUGGGAGAUCCUCUUAUUUCUUGGAAGAGUAAAGAACAGACUGUUGUCUCUCGAUCGUCUACAGAAGCAGAAUAUCGUGCCAUGGCCUCCACUACCGCUGAAAUUGCUGCAUGGAAAAGAAGAAGAAAGAAAGAGAGAGAGAAAAAUGGUGGCUACCACGGCUGA